GUUGAGCUGCACUCCAGGCUGCUCAGACGGCUUGGGCCCAGGUUAGACCCGCCGAACCGGGGAAGCGAACCGGGUUCACGUUCGACGGGUGGAGGGAGCCGGAGUACGGUGCGAGAGUCUACGGGGCCGGUUCGAGCCCGGUCUGCCCGUGCCCGCCGGUCAUGAAGCCGCCGGUUCAGCCCAAGCAGGUGGAGGGGGGUUUUGGCCAUGAGAGAGGGAUUAGGAGGGUUUUGGUGAACCAACAGGGGCAGAGGAUGGUCCGGUUCGUUCCGGCCCGUUCGACCGGCUCGGGAAAAGGGUGCGGCGGGACCGGCGUGUUCCUUCCUCGCGUGGCCCUCAACAACCAACCCAAGAAGAAACCCAGUGUGAGAGGAGGAUGUGAGUGUCCGCAGCAGGUGCAGAGCGCAGAGCAUGCAGCAGUGGUGGUGGGGAAGAAGCAGCAGCGGAUGAUGCCGUGUCAGCCUCCUCCCCUCGAACUGGCUCUUCCUGCCGAAUGGACCUACUAAUUAACACUCGCGCACCCAAACUCUAUCUAUUUCUCUCCCUCUAGAAAAUUAAAAGACCCCAAGUUUUUGUUUUGUUCUGGUCUUUUGGAAGGAGGGGAAUAAGUACAACAAAAAGGGGGUGGUGAAUUAAGUAGAGAGAGAGAGAGAGAGAGCAGGAGGGUGUGAUAUGUGUAAAGAGGGGAUUCAAAUCCAGGUCAAAUAAUUUCAUAGCAGGGGCAAUGAUGAUGCGGGAAACAAAUUAUGAUGCUGCAAAAGAAUUUAAAAAGAUAAAAAGUAACAGCAGUGGUAAGUAGGCUCUGUUUUUUU